GCAAGUUCUCUGGAACCGCGGUUCUCUGCUGCGAGGGUUCCUGAAACAACGAGUUGGUGUGAAUUUCGCUCCGGUUUGGGUCGGCAUUUGUUUCGCUGGCUGCAAUGCAAAAGCUUCCUCGUUUGCUUUAUUUUUAAACAAAUUUUCCACAAUGAGACCGGGGUUAGUUUUCGUGUUGGUUUGUCUGAGCGUUUUUUUGCUGGAAUUCGUGGAAUGCCAGGAUGUAAACACCAAAACAGCUGCCAAAAGUAAAAAGCAAAAUACUGGCAAGAAAAAUAAACUGACCAACAAAAAGCCCAUAAGCAAACCAAAAGUGAAGAAGGUGGCGGCUAAGAAGCUUUCAAGAAUCAGCAUCAUGACCCAGCUACUGGAGAAAGGCAGGUUUCAGAAACCAUCUGAUACCUUGGUAAUUCCUGCUGGAGAAACACUUGUACUACGCUGCAGGGGGGAGUACAUCAGUUGGGCCUACCCCAUUUAUCUAGAUGAGGAAAAUGAUGGCAGAUUCAGCAUUAACCAUCGGGAAAGAUUUAGCCAACUGACGGUAGUGAACAGCACAGGAGCUGAUACCGGUGAAUACAGCUGCUGGGCAUUGGACUGUGACUCUGAGACCUGCAGAAAGGAUGACUCCAAAAAGGGGAGCACUUACGUCUUCUUUACUGAUCCUCGUGAACUGUUUGUACCAGCGAAUGAUUACUACGAAGCCAUUCAGCUUCGCACUGACAGGCCCACAAGAUUACCAUGCCAAGUGACAAAUCCUCUUGCCAAAGUGACUCUGCAUCGAGAGUUUCCCCCGGAGCUGAUUCCAGUGGAUGGGAAAUUAAUCACGUUUGACGUGAAGAAAGGUUUUAUUAUCCAUAAAGCUCUUCCAUUGUUUGGUGGCACACUAUACUGUGUGGCAAACUAUCAGGGACUAAUGCAGAGUUCCACAAAGUACCUGCUCAUAUUUACCCAUUAUCCGUCUGCACCUCCAUCAGCUAUGAUCAAAGCCUCAUCUAAAUCUGUACGUGCGGGGGCAAACUUCAACUUAACGUGCACCGUUCUUGGAGAAACUAACAUAGAGGUGGACUUCACGUGGGAAUUCCCUGGCCAGCAGCUGGGGAGACCAACCUAUACCAUGGAGAGCCAGCAGCCAGUAUAUGCUGGUGGUAAAGUAGCCCAGUCAUCACAAAGUGUGCUCCUGGUGGACGAGGCCCGCCCUGUCGAUGAUGGGCUCUACACUUGUACUGCUCAGAACCUGCAGGGGACGACUACAGUCUCCACCCCUGUCAAGGUACUUCCACAAAGAAGUCUGGGUCAAGCGUAAGCAGUGGAGCAUGAUUAAGAGUUUUCCUCAGGUUACUGACAACUACUCUGCAAAAUGGAGAAACUAACUGCAAUUGUCUUUAAAUCUGUGCUAACUAUUUAGUUGUACAUUUGUUAUUUCUAUCUUAGAAAAGAAGCUAUAUUUUACUGUUUAAAGUUUCCUCUAUAUUUCAUGAUAUUUUAAUCUUGCAUCACAAAGCUGACAUUCAGUUGUACAUUGGU